GCUGCCCUGGGUGCUGGCGGGGGACUGGAUAAUGGAGCCCGCAUGGCUGGUCGAAUGGGCCGAGAAAGUCGGCGGCGUCGUGAUCAAUUGCGGGGUCGCCACGAUGGGGACGAGCGAGUUCGAUUACUUCGUGGUGGCCAAGGAGCUGGAGGGCUUCAUCGAAGAGGUCACGCAGGUGCAGCAUGUCGCGGGCAGCCCGCACAGGCCUGUUCGGCUGGUCCUCCAGGGCUUGGGCAGGAAGGCGCAGGUCCGAUCGCCUGUGGAGCCCAAGAGGGUGCCGCUGGACCUGCCGCCGCCGAGCCGACGCGGGCGCCACCGGCUGAACGGACAACCUGGACGUGCCCCGCGAGCGUGGAGGAUGCGUGCGGUGCGUGGUACAGCGCAGUCGAGGACUACUUCCACCGACCUCCACGACGUGGGCGAGGUGCGCACCAGGCGGGCGGCAGGGUUGCAGACGCGGCUGGAGGACCUGCCGACUGCCUGGAAGAGGAGCCUGUGGUCGUGGGCGAGCCCCAGCACCAACUGCCGGGGGGUGCGCGUGGCGGCCGUGCUGCGCCUGCGGAGCAUGGCCGGAGGAGCAGGGGCCAAGGCGCAGAAGGCGAUGAGGCAAGCGGAGGAGGACCUUCGCUCGUGCAAAGGAGGCGAGGCGGAGGCAUGGCCGAAGAAGGGCCCCCUAUCCGGAGGAGUGGAGGCAGUGCUGGACACCAUCCUGCACGGGAGCGACGCCGCCCAGCAGGAUGUCGUGGAGGCCGCCCAGGCCGAGCUGAGGAAAGGAAUUGAGGCCGAAUGGCAAGGCGGCGGCCAGGAGCUGGCGCGAUUGGGCGCAAAGGCCGUGGCGGAAUGCGGAGGAGCCACGGCGUACCGCUUCCUAAAGCAGGACGACAGCGAGGACGAGGACCCGUGGCAGGAAGGCGGGCCCGUGGCUGGGACCAAGGCGCUCGAGGUGGCGCUGGAGGCAUGGCUGCCGUUGUGGCAGAAGGAGAGCCGGCGCUGCGAGGAGCACCCGCAGGAUUGGGCCCGCGGCGAGGCUCUCCAGCCCAUCACGGGUGAGCAGGUUCGCGGGGUGCUGUCGGCAUAUGGGCCGCGCGCAGGGCUGGGCUGGGACAAGCUCCACCCGCAGGCCUUGCUCCAGCUGCCGCCCAGCUACUGCGACAGGCUCGCGGAGGUCCUCAACAUGUGGGAGCGGCAGGCGGGGCCAGUCGGCCUCUGGGCCACCAUCGUGGUCUUCCUUCCAAAGGCCGAGGGCGGCGUGCGACCCAUCCACCUGCUCGGCUUCGGCAUGAGGCUCUGGAGCCGCAUCCGCCAGCCGACUGCGGCCCGCCGGGAGCAGGAGCUCACGGGCAAGGGCCACUUCUGGGGUAAGUCGCAGACGCUCUACGACAUGGCGGGGAUGGUCUCCAACCUCCUGGCGUGCCACGCGCGGCGGCUGGGCCUGGCGCACGGGACGGGGCUGCUCAACUUGGCCAAGUUCUGCGAGCACGUCUCGCACGCGGUGCUCCGGAGGGAGGCGGCGCUGGUCAGUUUCCCAGCGGAGCUGGUCAGGCUUCUCUGCAUCAGCUACCGGAUGCCGAGGAGGGCGAAGCUCGGGGCGUCGAUCAGCAACGAGAUCUUCGCCAACGGAACGCUGGCAGCGGGCUGCUCUUGCGCGACGGCGCUGGCGAAGGUCCUCAUGCACGGCACACUGCAGGUGCUGGGGCAGGCGUACCCCAUUGUGCGGUUCCAGAAAGUGGUGGACGACGUGCUGGUGCAGGCGGCAGGACCUGGCCGCGUCCUGGAAGAAGGCCAAGUCAAGUUCAUGGCAGGCGACGGCGAGACUGCGGAGGCCAUGCGUGCCGGCCUCGCAGAGGAGGGGCUGCAGGUGGAGCGAACCUCGGGUGCCAGGAACCUGGGCUGCGAUGCGACCGACGGCCGCUGGCGGCGCUGUGCGGAGCAGGACAAGCGGCUGGAGAAGGCCAGCAGGGCGACGGCGCAGGUCAGGAGGCUGCGCGACGCAGGAGCGGCCGGCACCGGCAGGAUCCAGCGAGGCAGCCCCACGGCGGCGGCGCUGUGGGGCGUGGCGGUGACGGGGCUGCCCGACGGGAAGCUCCACGCGGUCCGGAUCCAGGCGUGCCGCGCGGAGGGCAGGCUGCCGAAGGGCUCGGUGGUGACGUUGAGGAGCCGGGCUACGCAGGGGGCAUGGCGACGAGACCCGUGGGUCAUAACCAGCGCCGAGGUUGCGAUAGCCUGGAGCACCUGCGUGGCCGCCAGCCUGGUCCCUGCGGACGUGGCGGUGCUGAGCAUGGCUCGCAUCGGGAUCCGCAUGCCCACGGCCACGCAGCUCCUGAUGCCGACGGGCGAGGCGCUGGGCCUGGAGUGGCUGGCGCCGGGCAUGGUCAGCAUGGUGGCGCCCAGGACGGCCAGCUGGGCGGCCGACGUGCGGGCCAGCGAGACCUGGAGUGUGGUCCACCAGAGGGCGCUGCGGUGCGGGGUCGGCGGCUCCCAAUGGUCCCAGGCGAAGCUCUACCACAAAUGGUUGGUGGCCUCAGACCUGUGCAGGAUUUGCUGGCGAGAGCGGAGCACCCUGUGGCACAGGCAUUUCGCCUGCGAUGCCACGGCGGCGGAGCGCCGCGACGGCUGCCCGCCCCUGGUGCUGGCGGCGGCGAGGUCACGCAGGGGUGGCUGCAGCCGCACGCGAGAAACCGACGUGGAUGAGUUCGAGUGGAUCGUGAUGCCACCGCUGGGAAUCGUCACUGGGGCGGUCUUCACGGAUGGCUCGGCGACGGACCCCAGUGAGGAGGCGCUCAGGAGGGCGGGCUGGGCCGUCGUCAUGCUGGCCGACGAUGGCACGGUGCUGGGGGCAGCGUGCGGGACGGUUCCCCUGGCCUGGACCCCCCUACAGCAGGCCAGGGACGGCGAGGACUAUGCCGUCCACGUGCUGUCCGGCAGGGCCGCGGCGCCGCUCGAGGUGCACAUCGACUGCCAGGGCACCGUGGACUGCGCCCGCAGCAACGGCAAGGUGGCGGUGGUCAAGGUCAAGGCUCACCGGACAGUGGGCGAGUGCCCGAGCCUGCACGAGGAAUGGACCAGGCGAGGCAACGAGCUCGCCGACACCUACGCCAAGAGAGGAGCGGCGAAGUGGCAGACCAGGGCCGAGCGGGCCUGGUGCGCCAGGGGGGCCCACAGCCUCGCCAAGCAGGCCGCCAGGUGGGUAGGCCAGUCGACCGUCCUGAUGCAGGCGAGGGAGGUCAGUGACACGGAGGGCCUGCCCCAAGGCGGCAUGGUGGAGCUGGACGUGGCUGAGGGCAGCGGCGAGGAGCCCAG